GUUCGUGCCUCGUUCGUCGAGUCACGUCACGCAAAAAUUUCGAAAAAAGAUUCGAGAAAAAUGGCACUCACUUUUGGUAUGUGUGAAACUCCAGGUUGUAAAACUAUAGCCAGCCUUCAAUGCCCCACUUGCUUGAAAAUUGGAAUACAAGGCUCAUAUUUCUGCACUCAAGAUUGUUUCAAACGAAGUUGGAAAACACACAAAGUUAUUCAUCAAUUAGCGAAGGGAACAGGAGGAGAUAAAUCUGGUGAAUAUAAUCCAUGGCCUUUUUAUCAUUAUACUGGUAAAUUACGCCCUUUUAAAAGAGAACCACGUCGCGAAGUACCCGAACAUAUUAAACGUCCAGAUUAUGCUACACAUCCUACCGGUUUAUCUGUGAGCGAACAAUCAGUACGAGGUUCUGCCCAAAUAAAAAUUCUUGAUGAUGAAGAAAUUGAGGGCAUGCGGGUAGCUUGUAAGCUUGGAAGAGAAGUUUUGGAUGAAGCUGCACGUACCUGUGAUGUAGGUGUUACAACAGCUGAGAUAGAUAAAGCAGUUCAUGAAGCUUGCAUUGAAAGAGACUGUUAUCCAUCUCCACUGAAUUAUUAUCAAUUUCCAGCUAGUUGUUGCACUUCUGUUAAUGAAGUAAUCUGCCAUGGUAUUCCUGAUACUAGGCCACUUCAAGAUGGAGAUAUCUGCAAUGUUGAUGUAACUGUGUAUCAUAAUGGUUUUCACGGUGACUUAAAUGAAACGUUUCUAGUCGGUAAUGUGAAACCUGAAAUAAAAAAAUUAGUCGAAGUUACACAUGAAUGUUUAUCAAAAGCUAUAGACAUUGUACGACCCGGAGAAAAAUAUAGAGAAAUUGGAAAUAUAAUUCAAAAACAUGCACAAGCGCAUGGAUUUAGCGUAGUACGUAGUUAUUGCGGUCAUGGGAUUCAUCGUUUAUUCCAUACUGCGCCAAGUGUACCUCACUAUGCCAAAAACAAAGCUGUGGGUGUUAUGAAACCAGGACACUGUUUCACUAUUGAACCAAUGAUAUCUCAAGGUACAUGGAGAGACGAAAUGUGGCCUGAUACUUGGACAGCAGUUACCGCAGAUGGUCAAUGGUCGGCACAAUUUGAGCACACGCUUCUUGUUACCGAAACUGGUUGCGAUAUUCUUACAAAACGGCUUACAAAUAAUGGCAAGCCAUGGUUCAUGGAUCGAUCAUAGUAGUAUUCUUUUAUAAAUUAUCGUCAGUUUAUAUCAUUUCAAAUUUUGUGAAUACUUAAACAUAAUAAUGAUUAAAGUAUCUUCGUUUUCGUUCAUGCGAGAUUUGUUUUUUCAAGAUUAAUCUCUAUUCUUUGGUAAGUGCAAUGAUAAUAUUAACUUUGGUCAAAUAUAUUUCUUAUAAGGUAUUUUUUACUGUAUGUACUUAUGAUGUUUUAUUGGCAAAUUUUAUAAGAAGAAAAGAAAUGGAAAAAAAAAAAUGAUCCUUGAAAGAUAGAAUCUCCGUAGAUUUUUGUUUAUAACCAGAAUGACUCCUGUACCAUAUAAAUAGAUUACCUCAAUGAUAUAUAAAUGUACAUAUAUAUAAAUGUAAUUCAGGUUGGUGAUGCGCAAUGAUUGAAAUAAAAAAUGAGUUCUCUAAA